CAACCGUUUGGGCGUCGCAGAACGCAGUCCCAGCUCCCGUCAUCCGUUCUCCUCAGUGUGGAUGCCAACGGCGACGUCCUCGGCUUAGUUUUUCAUCAAAGCAGCGCCUUUAAAUCAGCGGCACUGCACUAUUACAUUCUUUUUCACCCCGUCACUCUUUUUGGUCUUCACCCCCCACCAUGGUCGUCGUUGACCUUCGCCGGCGCCAGGGCAUCCAGGCGUCCACAGCUGCUGGCAUUGAGAACUCAGCGAUCGUGGUUGACGAUUCGGCUCCGACAGGCGCAUCCGGCCUCGCUGUCGAUGGUUCCGCCCCCACCGGCGCCUUCACCGAAGCUAUCGACUUGGUCUUCGAUGGCUCCUCGACACCAGUCGCUCCUCCCACUCCGGCACCCACCCCUACCCCCACCCCCAUCGAACCAGCGGCCAAUGAAGAGGUCGAGCAAACAGGUGCAACCAUUAAACCCAUUCCCAUUGGUACUGUAGUUGGCAGUUGUGUCGGCGCUUUCCUUGGCGCCGCACUCCUUGUGGUCAUUGGCCUGUUCUUCUACAAGCGCUACAACCGCUCCCUCAAGCAGAAGACAAGCCGAUCUUUCCCCCGCUCACCUUACAAAGAACAUCACGAUAGCCGCGCACAUUCCAACAAUUGGAACCGCCUUGAUGACAAAGACGAAGACAGAUGGGAGGGCAAGGAUGGGCCAGCGCCAACCGCCGUUGAGCAGAAAUCUCCUCAACAAAACGGGUUUCUUGCUCCUCUGGAGACCAUGGAUAUGUUCGCCAAGUCUCCGAGCGAGAGUUCUCACCGUUCGGACGAACCCACGUUCGAGAUGACGAGCCAUCCAUACAGCCAGACGACUCCCACCAAGGUACCAGAGCCUCGCGACCUUCUUGGUCGAGAUCCUCAGUACACACUUGGUGAGGUCAACGCUGGCGCGCCAAUGUCCUGGGCUUCCGAUUCUAGCAAACCUUCUUUCCUUACCACAACAACUGCACUGGAAGGUGGGGCCAUGUCACCAACGCUCUCCAUGGCAAUUCCUACUCCACCCGCCACGAAGACCCACUCGCAUCAUUUCCAAUCAGCCGAAGUUGUCGAAGCCUUCGAAACCGCGCCCGCCGUUCCCGAAGUGAAAGUUCAUACCAGUUCCAACAACCCCUUCUUUAGGGGAGGAAAUGAGUACAUUCAACCAAGUCGAGCAAGGUCGCAGUCUCAAUCGAGUACCAAGUCCAACGCCACGGUCACCCAGUCGAACAGCAACACUGAAGGUUUCCCCGACAGUCUCGCGCCCCCAACCACCACUGGCAAGGCUAAAGAGCGCGUCGUUUCCAUUGACCCCUUCACAGAUCCUUUGCCGCCGCCAUCGUUCAUUCAUCAUCAAGCGACUGGGUCCGCUUCGUCCGCUGCAUCCAACGAGCGCGCUAUCAGGCAACUCAUGGCAGCCACGGGAAUGGACUUGGACGAGGCUGAAAUUCAGCGAAGGUUGAAGGCUCUGUCGAUGCAACCCUCUAUCAUCUCUAAUUCCGGCGACUCGAUGUAUACCGAUGCUGAACCCGACGAACCAACACCCACCUUGCCACCCAGCUCUUCCGGCCACACGACUACCCGCUAG